CUAUCAUCGCCUUCUCUUUCUUUCAACACAAGACCUAUUAGGCCAAGCCUUUUUUUAUUGGCUCUGCAAGUUCAAAAGCCGUCACUUUUGAUAAAAAUCUGUCAAUUCUUUCUCUUUUCCAACUUGUUUAUAUUUCUUACAAUGUCUACUAAAAACAAGAAAGGUCCUUCACAGGCAGAACUCUUGGUUCGAACAUGUUCUGAAAUUGUAGCUGAACUUGUUGCCGCAGUUGAGGCAGGAAAAGACAUCAAUUUGAAUGGAGUGAAAAAUAGAGCAGCCAGAAGAAAUAAGUUACAAAAUCAACCUAAAUUAGUCGAAAUUAUCGCAGCCAUUCCUGAGCAGCAUAAAGCAGCUCUUCUUCCAAAACUGAAAGCAAAACCUAUUCGAACAGCCUCAGGUAUUGCAGUUGUUGCUGUCAUGUGUAAACCUCAUCGAUGUCCUCAUAUUGCCAUGACCGGAAACAUUUGUGUCUACUGCCCUGGUGGCCCUGACUCUGAUUUUGAAUAUUCAACACAGUCAUAUACUGGAUACGAACCUACAUCCAUGCGAGCCAUUCGUGCUCGUUAUGAUCCUUAUGAACAAGCCCGUGGUCGUGUGGAUCAACUUCGAAGCUUGGGUCACAGUGUCGAUAAAGUAGAAUACAUCAUUAUGGGUGGCACGUUCAUGUCGUUGUCUGAAGAUUACCGUAACUGGUUUAUUCAAAACCUGCAUGACGCACUCUCUGGCCACUCUAGUAAUGACUUGGAUGAAGCCGUUCGAUACUCACAGCAGAGUCAGACGAAAUGUAUUGGUAUCACUAUUGAGACUAGACCGGACUAUUGUCUGAAGCCUCAUUUGAGUCAGAUGUUGCGAUAUGGAUGUACUCGUCUGGAAAUUGGUGUACAAAGUGUAUAUGAAGACGUCGCAAGAGAUACCAACAGAGGCCAUACGGUCAAGGCAGUAACAGAGUCAUUCCAGAUGGCGAAGGAUGCUGGUUUCAAGGUCGUAUCACAUAUGAUGCCCGAUUUGCCUAAUGUUGGUAUGGAAAGAGAUAUAGAGCAGUUCAAGGAGUACUUUGAGAACCCUGCCUUUCGAUCAGACGGUUUGAAGAUUUACCCUACUUUGGUCAUUCGUGGUACUGGCUUAUACGAAUUAUGGAGAACCAAGAGAUAUCAAAACUAUACACCCAACGCCCUCGUCGACCUUGUCGCUCGUAUCCUGGCCCUCGUGCCUCCAUGGACCCGUGUGUACCGUGUUCAGCGUGAUAUUCCUAUGCCCUUGGUCACCUCGGGUGUCGAGCAUGGUAACUUGCGUGAGUUGGCGUUGAAUCGUAUGAAGGAUUUGGGUACAGAAUGUCGUGAUGUGCGUACGCGUGAAGUGGGCAUAACGGAAAUUCACCAAAAGAUCAAGCCAGACCAAGUGGAACUUAUUCGCCGAGAUUAUGUAGCUAACGGUGGCUGGGAAACAUUCUUGUCUUACGAAGACCCUGAACAAGAUAUCUUGGUCGGCCUCUUGCGUUUAAGAAAAUGCUCUCCUCAAACAUUUAGACCUGAGCUCACACAAGGACCUACAUCCAUCGUCCGAGAGUUACAUGUGUAUGGUUCAGUUGUGCCCAUGCAUGACCGUGAUCCUACAAAAUUCCAGCAUCAAGGUUUUGGUACAUUGUUGAUGGAAGAAGCAGAGCGUAUUGCCAGAGAAGAACAUGGAAGUGUCAAGCUGAGUGUUAUCUCAGGUGUGGGUGUCAGACAUUAUUAUGCUAAGCUUGGUUAUCAUCUAGAUGGACCUUAUAUGUCAAAAAUGCUUGUUUAAUGUUGUCACUUUUGGACAUGCAAAAUGUAUAUAUUUAUAACAUAUUCCUAAUAAAAAUUGCCUUCUUUUCUCUCUUUUCAACUAUUUUAUGUCGAACGAAAGUAUAAAAAGGGAUAAAUAUCUUGAAGAUUUCAACUUUGUCUAUAAGCCAAAGAAGAUAUCUGGUCUUAUACGUAGG